UAUUAUGCUUCACUUAAACAACAUGAGAUGUGCUACUGUUAAUCCCCAUCACCCACUCAGCAGAACAUUCAGCAAACAGAUAACGCAGAAUUCUUCCCUGAUAAUACUUGCACUAAUGAAGGCUCAAGGGCUCCCCUGGUUGUCAGUGGUGGCACUCCUGGUGUCUUUACCAUAUUCCUCCUUGCUGAACAUGGAGACGUUUAUUCUUGACUACUCUUCCAGAAACCUUUCUGCAGUUCCCCCUGAUCUCCCCCCAUCUGUUCAAUGCCUAGAUGUGUCUCAGAAUCGAAUUUGGACCCUGAAGAAACAUGACUUCCAUAGAACACCCAGGCUCCAUUUUCUAAAUCUCUCCUGGAACAUUCUUGAAGAUAUACACCCAGACACAUUUAUUUCCACUCCUCUUCUGGCAACACUGGAUCUGUCCCACAACAGCCUGAAAAAUCUGUCCCACCAACAAUACCUGGUGAAAGCACAAAACCUACAGUAUUUGGACUUGUCAUCCAACUUGUUUGCAGUUAUGGCACUGGGGUAUGAGUUUUCCAAACUCAUGAAACUUAAAUGGCUUGGUUUGAGUGCCAGGAUUAUUCAGAACAACAACUUUGUUAACGUCUCUGACCUCCAUCUCCAAACUCUCUUCAUUCAGGCUCAAGAUUUGACGGUGUAUGAAAAUGGAAGUCUCACUGGUGCAAAAUCAGACAAAAUUGUCAUCCUAAUGCCCAGUAAUGUAUUUGAUCUCCCAAUAAUUGUUGACGCUUUGACAUCCUUUAAACAAGUAGAGCUAAGGGGGCUAUACAAUCCAGAGGACUUCCUUGGAAUACUUGUGACACGCAAAGUACGCAUUCAAACGGUUAAUUUACAUUUAUCUUCUGUUUGGAGUACAUGGAAAGUAAUAACAGCCCUUACCAACAGUGCCUUAAGGUCAACUAUCUGCCAGUUCAGUAUGUCUAAUCUUACCCUUUAUGAUAUGUAUGGAGAUUAUUUUGUGAUCCAAGGCUACUCUUUAGAUUCCUUCAGCAUUAGACAAGCAUCAGUGACUGUGUUCAUUUUUAAUCAGCUGAGUCUAUAUGACUUCAUAAUCAAUAUACCUGCAAGAAAUCUAACUUUUGCCCAGUCACCAAUAGUCCAUAUGACUUGCCCAAAGGUUGUUAGCAUGAUACAGAUGCUUGAUUUAUCUGACUGUGUCCUAACUGAAAAUGUAUUUAAAGAUCCUCUUGGGGAAUGUAACACCUUGAGCAAUCUGGAGAUAUUGGUCUUGAAGCGCAAUAACCUUAGACAGUUGAUGCCACUGACUUCAAGAGUUCAACUAAUGAGCUCUCUAAGACAUGUGGACUUUAGCCAGAAUUCACUGACUUAUGAGGAAACUCAGGGCAGAUGCAAUUGGCCUUCAAAAAUCAGCCACUUGGAUUUAUCUUUUAAUGAGUUUGAACAGACUGUGUUUAAAUGCUUGCCAACUGCUCUAGUCAAUCUCAACCUCCAGAACAACCACAUUAGCGCAAUUCCAGCAAAUAUUUCUGGUCUGGACUCUCUCAAAGUUUUAGAUCUUACGGCAAAUCGUCUGCUGGAUCUCCCAGACUGCCUGGGGUAUCCAAAACUACAGAAACUUGUGCUACGUGGGAACUUCCUGCAUGCGCCAUCAACAGGCUCUCUCAAGACCUGUUCACACCUAACUGUAGUGGAUAUGAGUAUGAAUCCCUACAUCUGUACCUGCCCUUUGCGAGAAUUCACCAACCUUAUUGAUGAAAAGGGUACACUGGGUGGCUCAAAUUCUUGGAAGUACCAAAGAAUCACCGUGGCUCACUGGCCAGAUGGGUAUCGAUGUAGUUACCCAGAGUACUGGAGAAAAGCAAUGCUUAAAAACUUCAGUAUGCUUGAGAUCACUUGCAAUGCUGGGCUACUGGCAGUAACCAUUUUGGUCCCAGCCAUAAUUUUGAUCAUUGCUGUAGGAAUUCUAUGCCAACAACUAGAUCUUCCGUGGUAUAUAAGCAUGAUUUGGAGAUGGACUCGUGCAAAGCACCAUGCCCGAAGUUCCCAGCAACGACAAGAAGAUCUUCAAGGAGUACACUUCCAUGCUUUCAUCUCCUAUAGCCAAAGAAAUGCCAACUGGGUUAUAGGUCAACUCUUGCCCAAACUUGAAGGUGAGGACUCCUCAACCCAAAAUGGACUGCGAGUGUGUCACCACGAACGAGACUUCAUCCCAGGAAGGCCAAUCUUAGACAACAUCCUCCACUGCAUAGAACAAAGUAGAUGCUGUGUCUUCGUGCUGUCCUCUCAUUUUGUGCAGAGUGACUGGUGUCACUAUGAGCUCUACUUCGCUAGCCACCAGUGGAUAACACGAGGUAUGGAUAAUAUCAUCCUCAUUCUGCUAGAGCCGUUGCCUACUUAUCUAAUACCCUCUAAGUAUUACCAGCUAAAGGCAAUGAUGGCCAGACGCACUUACUUAGAGUGGCCCCAGGACACAGCCAAACAGAGACUGUUUUGGGCAAACCUGCGUGCUGCACUGCAAGCGGAUCUACCUGAUUGUGGUGAGAGAGAAUGGGAAUGAGAGGACAAACCAAUUACAAAAGAAGCAGAAGGAUCUAAACAGUGCACUACAGCAACAAAUUACCACAACAGUUGCAGAAUAUAUAAAUGCAGUAAAGAUUUCAACUAUCCAUUGAUUCAGUUCAAAACAGGCUAUUUAUUUUUUGCCAAGUCUCAAAGGUCAUGAGGUAUACAACAAUUUAAAGUAUGCAAUUCAAAUACAAUAUAAAGUUACAAUAAUUUUAAAAACAUAGAUAAAGAAAAAAAGUGUUCCUUAUUUGAAAUUAAAGACGUUUAUAGAAUGUGUGUGAGUCCAAGAUUAAUUACGUGAGAUAUAUAUAUAUAAUUAUUAUUCUGUUUUUUCCUGAGAUUUCAAAGUCUGAUCUCAAUUGAGUCUGAUCUCAAGUCUACUAGAUAACCAAACAUAGAAAUUACAAAGCAAUGAUACAUAAAACAUAAUACUUGGACAUAAACACCUUAAGAACACUGAGGGGUUCUUCAUAGGCCAGGAUGCAACCAUUGCAACCAAUUACCCUAACGUUUUGCAAUAUGCAAUUCCACAAGCUUUAACAGGGAAAUAUACCAGAUUCCAUUACCCCGUUAAAAGAAAGACACUCCUGUUUGAGGUCUCUGUCUGUGCUUAUCCAAAAUAGGCAACUCUAAACCUACACAAUUCACAAAAGUAAACAAUAGUAAUAGUGAACAGUAUCAAGUUGAAAAAUAAGCUUUUCGCAUGAACAUUGCAAAUUCCGUUAGAAUUAGGGCAUAGGGCAGAAGUCACCAGAAAAGUCCUCCCUGAAACAAAUUAAACAUGUGUAGAAGAUGCGUAGGAUAAUGGUUAGAUAUUUGUUGCUAGCUCCUAAAACAUUAAUAUUGUCGUAUUAAUGACAAAUCCAAUGUAGAUGUGG